AUGGUGAAGAAGCAACGACGCACUUCUAACGACGAAAUUUCGAAGCCCGAUGACGGAAAAGUAAUAGAAGAUGGUACUGGUCAGAAUUUUCGAACCUUGUUGAUUAAAAUAAUGGAUGUACUGGAGACUCGUGAUACACACCAGAUUUUACGAGAUUCAAAAUGUCAAGGGAAAACGCAGCUUUUAAAUUCAACAACAAUUCGCGCUAAAAUCGAUAAAAAUGAAUAUAAUACUCUGAAAGAGUUUCAACCUCAAAAAAAAGCUCUUGUUCAAUCAACGACGAAUGGGCAUUUAUUUUCAAGUAGUGCGCUAAAACAACUUCCAUUAGAAAACCAAAAAUUCAAAAUAGGCGGUGACAUUAAAGAGAUAACAAUCGUUCCGUCGCAUUCAAUGGAUGAGCGCGAUAUUCCAACCCUAGGGUCGAUCCUUCCAAAUACGACUAAAAAGCAAGAAAAUAUACGGUCAAAGGAAGUCGGUAUUCCUGGAGUCAAAUUUCACACGUACAAACCUUAUGGUUCUUUCGCUCCAAUAUAUGAUUCGCGUGAUGCCUUAAUGUCUUAUGAAGAUACUGUAACAGCAUGUACGCUUAUGAAUGAAACCAAAGUUAGUCAUUCUACAAACACGGACGAUAAAAUAAGCACAGGAAAUAAGGAUGAACCAUUGUCUAAAAAAGGUUUUAAUGGACUGAUAUCACAAAAUACACCAAAUUUGACCAAGGACGUUUGCUCUGCUGAAAACGAUCAUUGCACUGAACAGAUUCAAUGUUCUCCAUCAAAACCAUUAAAGAAUUCGAAUGAAAUUUUAACAAAUCAUACAAACGGGAAUUAUUUUGAGGACAUUGAUGUAGAUAUGUUGUAUAAACUAAUUGAAAAUGAUGAUUCUUAUCAGUUUGAUUUAAAAUUAGAUGAAAAUGUUGAAAUUUUUUUAGAGUUACAAAAAUUACAAACAGAUAGAUUUAUAAAAGAUCCACACAAUAUGUCAGAAAAAGAAAGAAAUUUAGGUUUAAAGUUACAGAAUCGACUUGCUGAAAUGAUAUCCGAAAUUCCACCAUCUGCAUUGGUAACUCACGAAGGCAUAGAAAAAGCUAUGUCACAGUUACCAAUACGUGAAACAGCAUUCAAAGGAAUGCUUCCAUUAAACAAAAGCCAUGCAUAUCUACAGAAUGAAAGUACUCGUAACCCAUUUUAUGGAUCUACAAAUGCUGUUCGUCCUCCUAGUGCUACUACGCCUAUGUAUCAUAAUGAACAGCAGAAUGUGAUAGCUAAUGGAUCAAUCCAUACAACACCAGCACAUCCAAUUUCUGCUGCGACUCAACCAAUGAUCAUGGGAUUACCACCUACAAUGUCUCCGGCCACACCUAUGCCGAUGAAUGUUCCCCCCUAUGGGAUGGGCUAUGGUGCUGCCGGUCCUUCGAUGAACAACGCAUUUUAUCCUGGUUAUUCUGGACCUCAACAAUAUGGAACAAUAUUAACAUAUGAGCAAUAUUUAUCAUGUUCUCUGGAUCUUCGUAUUUUAAUUGCUGUUUAG